AUGGCACUAGACAUGUCUGAGAAACCAAAGCCCUUUCCGGCAGACAGCCAGGACACCCUAGCCGAUGCGGAUGAUGCCCACCACGACUUAGAGCUCGGCAGCAGCCAAGAAACUGGCCACAACACCACGGACCGUCACCACUUUCAAGAAAUUAAGACCAAGGGGCCCCAGGUUUCCUCAUCACCUCAUCCGCGCCAAAAUGGCGUCAACAGCAACGGCGACAACGAUAACGAUGACGGGGCCGAGACCGACACCGAGCUAGACGACGGCACCGCCCUCGGCCGCCUCGCCUCCGCCAGCCUCACCCACACCCGCUCCGCCGUCAACCUCCCGCCCGCCCCGGACGGCGGCGCCCAGGCCUGGUCCCAAGUCGUCGCCGGCUGGCUCGUGCUGUUCGCGACCUGGGGCUACAUGAACUCGUUCGGCUCCUUCCAGUCCUACUACACGUCGUCGGGCAUCGUCGACGCCGACCCCUCGGCCAUCUCGUGGAUCGGCUCGCUGCAGGGCUGCCUGACGACCGCCGUCGGCGUCUUCACGGGCCGCCUGCUUGACGCGGGCUACUUCCGCCCCACCUUCGCCACGGGCGCCGUGCUGCAGGUCGCGGGCAUCUUCGCCAUGAGCGCCAGCGCCGCGCCCAAGUACUACCAGCUGCUCAUCACGCAGGGCAUCAUGUCCGGCCUCGGCAGCGGCAUCCUGUUCACGCCCACGCUCGCCCUCGUGGCGACCUGGUUCAGCUCCCGGCGCGGCUUCGCCAUCGGCCUCGCGACGACGGGCAACUCCACCGGCGGCGUGGUCUACCCCCUUAUCGUCCGCGAGCUGCUCCCGCGGCUGGGAUUCGCGUGGACCGUGAGGGUCAUGGGCUUCGUCAACCUGGCGUGCUUCGUCGGCGCUUUCGUGCUGCUGCGGUCGAGGCUGCCGCCUCGAAAGUCGGGCGCUGUCAUUGACAUCAAAUCCUUCAGGGAUGGGGAGUACGACUUUUACAUCGCUGGCUUGUUCUUCUUCGUGUGGGCAAGCUACUACACAUUCUACUACGUCGCAUCAUACGGCAUCCAACAGCUAGGCCUCUCUUUCCAGUCGGCCUCUAAUCUCGUCGUCAUCAUCAACGGCUGCGGCCUGCCCGCCCGUAUCGUCAUCCCCUGGCUGGCCGACCGAGUAGGCCCGCUCAACGUCAUCACCUGCUGCGCCUUCUUCUUCGCCAUCAUCGUCUGGUGCUGGCUCGCGGUGAGCAGCAUUCCCGGGCUGUACGUCUUCACCGCCUUUGCCGGUCUGCUGUCGGGAGCGAUGCAAAGCCUGAUGCCGACGACGAUUGCGAGCAUCACCAAGAGGUUAGACAAGAUGGGUGUCCGACUGGGUAUGAUGUUCAGCAUCAUCUCCAUCGCUACGUUGACCGGCCCGCCCAUUGGAGGAGCGAUCGGGAGUGCUACAGGGGGCUACACUGCCCCGCAGAUCUGGUCUGGUGCAUCGAUGUUGGUCUGCAUCGGCGCACUCUUGCUGGCGAGGUGGUUUAUGGUGGGGUGGAACUUGAAAGGGCGGUGCUGA